CGUCUUUCCACUCUAUUUUUGCACAAGAGGCGCGCGGAAGCCGUGUCCCGAUCCUGGGCGAGGCGUCGAGCGACCGGCUUGCCAAGAUGAUUGCCAGGACCAGGGACCCCGGCGCGCGUUUUUAUCAGUCCCAAUCCAAUGGGCGAGGAGUCCGAAAAAGGGAGAGUCGGUGCCGAGCGAGCAGAUAGUGAUUGGCUUUUCUUCUCUUUUUUUUUCCUUUUUAUUUUGGGGCGCGUUGGUGAGCAACUGGUCGGGCUAUUUAAUGCAAGGGAGGCAUGGUGGUUUUGGCCAGGCUCGCGUCCAGCACCAAACGAGGAAUAGGCCGGCAAGAACAAGUGAAGGGGGGCCAAGGGAUGGGCAGCACAGUUAGCAGCCGGGCCGGAAUGGAUGAUGGUCUGGAGGCGCGCCACAUUGUCAGUCGCCUGCCUAAACCCAGGUGAGCGGCGCUGUCUGUAUGUAAAAAGGACGCCAUCCAUCACCAACAACCUUGUGCAUGAGCCCCUCAGCUAGGUACCCCCAUACCACCAAUACAACAGCACCUACUUAUUUGAGGCCCCCGUUCCCUCCCACGUCUCUUUUUUGCCCGCUGGUGUCAAGUCGCUCCAACACCAAGUUGCGCCUCACAUCCCUGCCAUGGAUUCGAUGGACAUUACAGACGCCAUGUCGGCAGGCAUGCCAACACCGCCCUUGGAGGACCAGGACACCUUUGCGUCCGUCAGGAGCGCCCUGGACGUUCUGUGCGCAUUCAUCGCCAUACAGCGAGGCCAAGACCGCAUCGCCGUGGCGAGGACGGCGGCAGGAGCAGUAGCAGCGCCACCGACGACGACGGCCGGGGAGUCGGCACUCGCCAUCAUCGACCCGGAGGACCUCGAGCGCCUCAACUUCCCCUUAUCGCCCGACCAGUGGUUCGCCCUGCACGAGCUGCUCUGGCCGCCCAGCGAGAACGACCGACUGGCGGCGCGCCUGGCCCAGCAGCGGCGCCGGCACGCGGCGGCCGAGGCGGCGGCCGCGGGCUUCGCGGUAGAGGCGGCGGCCGCGGCUGCAGCAGGGACAGGGACAGGGGUUGUAGCGGCGGCGGCUGCUGCGGUCGAGGCGGCCGAGUCGCGCCGGCGGCUCCUGGUCUGGGACCUCGAGGACGCCGUCGGGCAGCUGCAGCCGCCCCUGGCGCUGACGCUCGAGGAGCUGGGCGCCUUUGUCGAGAACACGGUCGCGCUCGACUACUUCCUCAGCCCCGCGCCGACGCUCACCAUCCGCCGGCCCGGCCCGCUGCACGGCCGCCUGGGCCUGGCCGUCACGCGGCUGCUGUUCGCCCGCCUCGAGGAGGUGCUGGGCAUGGCCGAGUCGGACAACCUGUGGGAGCAGUCCGAGACGGCCAUCCGGUUCAUCGGCGCCGACACGGGAGACGGCGGGUUCGUUGUCGAGGAGACGUGCCCGGACGCCGGCAUCGGGUACGUGUCGGACGGCAGCAACGAUAACGACCACUACUUCCCGGGCAUCGUUGUCGAGAUCAGCUUCUCGAACGAUCGCUUUUCGGCCCGAAGAGCGAGAGACUACAUCGAAAAGAGCAACGGCCACAUCCGCUGCGUCGUCUCGAUAAUAGUCGAGUACCGGCCGCGCAGCCAGCUGAUGCUCGACGGCCUGCCGCCCGUCGGCGUCUGGCUCGACGCCAUCCACAAGACGGAGCACACCGAGGGCUGGGGCCCCGUCACCCUGGUGCAGGGGCUCGACGUGCGCGCCGCCGUCGCCGGCGACCCGCAGUGCCGCCUCCCCCUGUCGCUCUCGUACCUGCACGGCCCCGCCAUCGCCGACGCCGCCGACGCCGACCCCGUCCACGUCCCGCUGGCCCAGCUGCUCGACGCCAUCGACAGGGAGUACGGGCCCGCCCCGGGAUCCUACGAAGCCGCUGAUGCCGCCGACGCUGCGGCUACCGCGCCACCACCGCCGCCGCCGCCGCCGCCGCCGCCGCCACCGCCCGCCAUGGUCAACGGCUGCGGCCCGACGGGGAAGCGCAAGCGCGGGCGGACGCCGGUGCCGGACCCGCGCGAGGGCGAGGGCCGAGGGGGGAUGGAUGCGUCAUAAAUGCGGGCCGGCAGGGCGGACAAGUUGGGUAUCUAGGGCUGGGAGUUGCUUAAGCGAACACGAAAAGAUUGCAAAAACAGAGGAAACAAAAACAGCUGGAAGGAACAUAUGGAAUUGGCUCUCGGGAACCAUGUCAUUCAUGUAGUGGCGAAAAGGUAACAUGUUUGGUUGGAUCCAAGACCACCCCUGGCAGAACCAAGAACAGAUAGGUUACAAACCAAACCCAUCCCCGCACCAGAAGCGAGCGAUGGUCUAUACCGCUAUUUGCACCCACCUCACCUGGCGGGACGCGCUCUCUCGCUUCUUUCCCUCCCGGACGGCCGAAUGCCGGGGCCUUGUGUCACAUCCAUCCCCAGCACACCAAGAAAAGCCAGUAGCCGAUGUGCUCUAGUCGGGCUGUUGCAUUAGUCGGCGGCGAGGCUUCACUCGCUGUUGGCGCGUGCACGUGGCAGCCGACGACCACAGGCCAAUACGCACAUACACACACAAAAGACAUGCACGCACGCAGACACAUAUGGAUCCGCCCGUGUGACUGUUCGUGAUAACAUUAUGUUUAGUUCGCUGUCAUUGCUGCUGGUUCAUUACACCUAACCAAGAAGAAAACAAAAAUGGAACCAAAAUACAAAGCUAGAAAGCGCCCCUACACUCCGCUCCGCUCCGUCCGCUCCCGCCCAUCCCUAGCAUCUGCCCAUACUAUCCAUCACAUGA